AAGUUCUAUUUUCGAAAGCGUUCGCGGAGUAUACGGAUAAAUUCCUUGCAUUCCAACGUUGGUCCAGGCUCCCGCGGGGCAACAUCUAGAUGAGAAUGUUACUUUUGUGAUUACUCAUUUAGUGACAUCCGAGGAAUGUGAAAAACUUUUACAUCGUGGAAUGUGUGGCAUAGGUUGACAGAAGGAAAAGGUGCUGGAUAAUCCAAAUGGAUAACAAAAGCCCAUUAUGGCCCAGCAUCUGCAGACACAGCAUCAGCACGAAUUUUUACCAUUGUGCGAUGUAUUGUUUAACAUAAUUUCUCUAGCGUCGUACUUCUGCGACGUUGUCUUUGAUUUUGCAAUGGUAUACGCGCUCGCGCAUCAUUCUGUAGCUCCUCCGAUUCUUUUUCCUUUGAGUAUUGUUCUUAUAGCGACAUCGUUAAUUAUCUCUCAGAUCAUUAGUGUACGAUGGUAUUUAUGGGGUGCUAGAGGAAGACUAACCGGUAAAAAUAUUACAGAUUGUAAUAUCGACGAGAAAAAGGAAAAUGGAAAUUGGGCGAUAUGGUGCGUUUUAUUACUGCAUUCGACUCAAGUCGGCGUAUUAUGGAGAUACUUUAAAUUAUUUAUUCCAGUUAAUUUAACUUAUGUUAAACACGAGGUGAGAGAACUUUGUGUAUUACGUCUUAUUCAUGCAUUCUGCGAAGCUGCUCCGAUGUUACUCUUGCAAUUAUAUCUAUUAUCGAUCGGAGUUAGCAACGAGUCAAGCGCAGAUGUUGGGAAAGAAAAGGAAAACGAAAACAGAGAGGGCGACAAAUUAGCAAAGCUAACCGCGGUAUCCGCUGGACUCUCUCUGUGGAGCGUGUGUUGGGCAGUAGCUAGUUUUAGCAAAGGUGCAGCACGUCUGCGUAACUUAGAACGUUUGGUGUUGACAUGGCUAGGUGUGCUGGCACAACUAGCGUGGCGGCUAGGGACUGUAAGCGCUAGAGUAGGAGUAUUGGUAGCUUAUGCUUCGCUCUAUGGUGGACAAUGGCUGUUAAUCGUAAUGGCUCUUCAUUGGUUGUCGAUGUUGAUGUGGUUAUUACUCACUCCUGAUGGUCUUUUUCACGGCGGUGAACAUUUGCCUGUGUUAAGAAAAACGUUUCUGGCUUCGCUUCUUGCAUUUGUUUACAUAUUUGCAUAUGUAAAUUUACAUGAAACGAAUCAUCGUCAAAAAAUGGUAAUUUUUUACACGGUAAUGUUUUUGGAAAACAGUUUGCUCAUCGGUGUAUGGAUAGUAGGUGUUAAUAGAAGCGAUCUUCUUCCACAUCAACAUCAUCCGAACCCUGUAACUCUAGUACUCACACUCUUAGCUUUAUUUUUUGGUGGUAUGUUUUUCAUGGGCCUUUAUUACAGGUUUUUUCAUGUAAGAAGAUUGAGGUACGAAGCCGGUGGCAGAAUGACAGCUUCGAAUCUCACGACGUUACCAAAUCAGGACAAUCUGGAGGAGAAACAAAUAGAAUAUACAGAAAACAAAAAAGUAAACAUAAGCGUAGGAAUGAGAAGAGUGAAAUUGAGCAACGGUGGAAUACCAGGGGUGUUUAAUUGUCGUUUCGCAAAUCCAACGGUAGUAAAUCCAAAUCGAAAAAAGAAAAAGCCAACUACGUUUGUACCUCCUCCGCCACCGCAAUCUCAAACAGGAGCAGUAGCAGCUUCUAUGAACGCGGUAGGAGACUCGAAACAGUGGCUUGGCAUGAACAGUAGUUCACGUCAAUUAAUACCAUUUUGGAAGAAAUCCCUAACGUCUAGUGCGAUACAGAAUGAUCAUCCGAACGAACAAAAGACAGGAGAUGCUGGAACUGGUAGUUCCCUAAGCGUUAAUCUGAUAAGAGAGAAACUUCAAGAAAAAAAACAACAGCAACUAAGAGAAUUACAGGCUAUACAAGAAGAGAUUAAAGAAGGAAAAUUAUUCCCUCCACCCUCGGCAUCAGCGUCGUCAUUUUCGUCGUCGCCUGCGUCAAAUCAACAACCACCGCCUAACAUGAAGUUGCACACUUCUCCUAGUUCUCCUUUAUUCGCGUCUUCUCCAUCUGUACUCGAUCAAAAUGGAGGAGUAACGUUAUCCUCGUGGCCACCAGUAAAAAUGCAUUGUCUCUUACCUCCGCCACCAUCUUCUUCUUAUUAUCCAAACGUUCAUCCCUCGAAUUCUUGGAGGACGACGCAGAGAGAAAGGGCGGAUACGCCGGAAAUUUUACUUGCGCCACGAUGCCUCCCUCAUCAUUAUUCCCAUUGGGCACCAUCCACCCACGUUAAUCACAGAUUACGUUCAAAUCAAAACGAAGGAGAAGAGAGUUCUAAGGGCGAGGGAGAAGUAGACGGAGAAAUUAGCGAUAUGGAAGGUAGUCAAGUAUCGUUGCCUCGAAGUUAUACGCUUCCUCGUGAAUUUAAGUAUAAUCAUCCAAAUAGUGCUGCCAGAGAACGAGAGCGACGCGUAGGAAACAAUAAGGUCACAGCCUCGCGUUUCUAUUUACCCUCUACCAAUAGUUCCGACGGAGAUGUAGAUAGUGCGGAUAACGAAGAUGAGACGGAUUCCGAAAUGCAGUUUCGUAUGAAAAACAAUUACGGAUAUAAUAAUCAUUGUGGGACACAACAACAGCAACAGCAGCAACGAUACGCGUUCGAAGAUAACACAAACAACAAAACUGAGUUUUUACACUCUAAUCCGGAUUCUACGGCAGCUACUAUAAUUUCUGGAAACUCUUACCUAAAUAAUUCCCAAGGACUGCUGCGACCGAGUCAGUUCUUCAGAAACAGGGUUAAACACGAAACGAAGCUUUGAGACUUUCGUUUCUACUGAUAUACCCUUCAGAGAUUGUAUAAUAGCUAAUCGAAGACUUGAGAUCAAAAAGACUGUACAUGUUCUAUUUUUAUAAAAUAAUUCCUUAUUUUACAUACAUGAAAUGUCCUGUAAUAUACUACAUUUGAAUUGAGAUUCCCGAGAUGUAAAGCAGAAAUGAACAUGGGUAUUUGAAUUUUGA